CCUCUCCAAUAUUACUCAAAUUCCUUCUCCAUGACCAUCAAGCAAAGCAAAUUGGUGCAUCAACACAUGGACUGCCCGCAGCACAAGGUGCAGACGCUCCACGAAGAGUUAGCCAUCCAUACCCGAUCUCAUCACAAUCUCGAGAAUAAGCAUCGAGAAUCUUGAUGAAAAAACGAGCGAAGUAAUCUCACCGACUGAUCGUGGGCAGUUCUUGCGAUGCUUGCAACGGCUCAUCUGAAUGUUCAUGAGUUCUCCUGCAUAAUAUACAGUUUGCACAGGAAUGGAGUGUUCUGGAUGCCAUUGCCAUUUGGACAAGCCAUGAAGGUCAUGCGUAUGGCGUGUGCUAUUGUUGCGGCGAUGACGACCACCAAAAUCGACGGGGCGUUGAGUAAUUGCACAGAUAUCGAUUACGCGCCGCUUGAGCUCCAAGCCCGAGGCUGCUCCACGGCAUCUGGAACCAACUUCGAAGCAACCUCCAUCAACCUCACGCAAGCCGUGUCCAUGUGCCAGUUUGCAGUGUGCAAAUCUCUGUUUUCCGACCUUGGAGCCCUUGAUUGCACCGAAGCAGACAUCCCAGUGAGUUUGGCAGCGACAAUCUGCAACUCGUACGUGCCCCCCCCCGGAACCACGUCGUCGGCAUCGUCGUCGGCACCGCCCCCUGGUCAGUCGAGCGCCAUUCAGACGGGUCUUUGCAUACAUGUAGCUUUGGCAGCAAUGAUCAUGCAGCUAUGGGCAUGGGUUAAUGUAUACUAGUACAAAUUUAGUAUAUGAGGCCCACCACG